AGGUUAAGCUCAAAAAUAUUGCCUCUGUUGAGGAUUAUCCCCCUCGACAAACUUUUAUCUGUUCCUUGCCGUUUUGCUUCGUUUUCUUUUUGCUUCCUCCCGCGUGUGCUACAACAGCUAUGAACGUUUGUCGGUUCCUCCUGACCAUCUUCUUCAUCAUGCAAGGGGGCCUGUGGAACAACUUGAUGAAGAAGCAGUGAAUGAAAACUUCUGUUUGUCGAUCUACUGAGUGUCUCUAUUGGGAAGUCUCUGUUUUUGGCACGUUACUCCGGAGACGAAAGCUGAGCAUAGGCAGCUUUGCGAGAAGAGUAGCUGCGGAAGAAGAACGGAAACGGAAGACGCCUAUUGUCCGGCACCGCAUCGAGUCGUUGAAACUAAAUCUUUGCGAUGAAGAUGGACUUUUUCUUUGCAGCUCAAUGUUCAGAUCUGUUGUUGUCCCGUUUCUUUUGUCUGCUGAACCGAUUGGCGAAGCCAUUCCCAUUCAGGACGGAUCAUCCGACGAAGAAGACUUGAGACUGGAGAGCAAAAUACGCAACUCAGUUGCAGCAGUGAAGCAGAAAUCCCGCGCCCAGCAAAGCGUCGACUCAGACUUUCUGGGAUUCAAACCCAAGAGAAGUGUUACUCUGCACUUUGGCGCUAUUUGGUUGCUGGACUAG